AUGGUGCUAGUAAGGAGCCCCAAACGCCCAGUGCCGUCUGGCAGCGGCAGCAGCAACGAGACGCAGCAGCAGCAGCAGCAGCACCCUAACAAAAUUCCUGCUGCUUCCUCAUACGUCCGCAGCCGCACAGCCUCAGCAGCAGCAGCAGCAGCAGCAGCAACAGCAGCAGCUGCAGAAGCCCGCAGCAGGGCCGGAAACGCUUCUACUCGACAGCAGCAGCAGCAGCAACACCAUCAGCAGCAGCACCACCACCAUCACCAGCAGCACCACCUGAAGCAGCAGCAGCAGCAGCAGCAGCAUCAAAUCGCCCCCAGUAUUAUUUCACCGUUACCGGCGCACCCAGGUUCUGCCUCUUCUGCCCCUAAAGAUUCUGCUGCUGCUGCUGUUGCAGCUCCAGCAGCAGCAGCAUCAGCAGCAAGUGACGCAUCAGAGCCACAACAGCAGCAAGAGCCUCUCAAGCGUUUGUCUGCUCAGGAUGAAUUGCUGCAGCCGUACCUGCAGUUGCAGCAGCAGCAGCAGCAGGAAGAGGAGCAGCAGCAGCAGCAGCAGCAGGAAGAACAACAGGAAGAAGAGCACCAGGAGCAGCAGCAGCAGCAGGAAGAAGAGCAGCAGCAGCAGCAGCAGCAGGAAGAAGAGCAGCAGCGGCAGCAGCAGCAGCAGCAAGAAGAACAGGAACACCAACAACAACUGCUGCAGCAGCAACUGCAGCAGCAGCAAGAGGAAUAUGAGGAUGAAGUCGUGGAUGGCGUCCCGAGAAGUGCUGCUGCUUUCCGCCACCAGUGGCAGCAGCAGCUGCAGCAGCUGCAGCAGCAGCUCGGGUGUAUGGACAGCGAGCAGCAGCAGCUGCAGCAAACCGUGGCCUUGGAGCAGCGCUCAACAGCAGCCAUUCGGAGCGCGGCCGCGCUGCUGCAGCAGCAGCAGCAGCAGCGGCAGCAGCAGCUGCAGCUGCAGCAGCAGCAGCAGCAGCGCGCGCAGCAGGAGCACGAGGCCUCAGAGAGCCGCUUUGUCUCUAUCCACACUGAAGCAGCAGCAGCAGCAGGGGGGACUGAGCUGCUGCAGCGGCGGCUGCAGCAAACUCAGGAAAAGAAGCAGCAGCUGCAGCAGCAGCAGCAGCAGAAGCACGAGCUGCUCUUCGCCCUCAGCAAAACAGAGUACAAGGCGCGGCAGCUGCAGCAGCUGCUGCAGCAGCUCAAGCAGCAGCAGCAGCAGCACCUAGACGAGCUGCAUCAGCAAGAGCUGCUGCUGUCUCUUGCUACUCGCUUCAAGAUAACAAAAAUCAGCAGCAGCAGCAUCACAGGCUUAACAGUGCCAGACCAGCGGCCUGCUGCUGCUGCUGCUGCUGCUGACAGAGCAGCAGGCCUCAAUGCUGCAGCAGCAGCAGCAGCUGACCGCAGCAGCCUGGAAGGGGACCUCACAGAAUGCGCGUCCAUUGUGCAGCUGGAGUUGCCGCAGCAGCAGCAGCCGCAGCAGCAGCAGCAGUCCGCAGCAGCAGCAGCAGAGCCCUCGGAAGCAGCAGAGCUGCUGUGGCAAGAGCUGCUGCAGCGCUCUCUUGCUGAAGAUAGACACGCAGCUUUUGUGCUGCAGCAGAUACGAGAGGCUUGCCUCUCCUAA